GGGGAGAGCGGAUAUAGUGAAUGCAGGGUCAGGGGAGAGCGGAUAUAGUGAAUGCAGGGUCAGGGGAGAGCGGAUAUAGUGAAUGCAGGGUCCGGGGAGAGCAGAUAUAGUGAAUGCAGGGUCCGGGGGAGAGCAGAUAUAGUGAAUGCAGGGUCGGGGAGGGGAUAUAGUGAAACAGGGUCCGGGAGAGUGAGUAACAGGGUAGGGGGGGGGGGGGGGGGGGGUGGGGGGGGGGGGGGGGGGGGGGGUGUGGGGGGUGGGGUGGGGGGGGGGGGGGGGGGGGGGGGGGGGGGGGGGGGGGGGGGGGGGGGGGGGGGG